AUGGCCAAGACAAAGGCUGGUCCAGAGCGCAAAUCAGCUUUGAGAAAGCAGGACAAAGGGGAGAAGGGAAAAGCAGCAAAGGCAAAAGAUAAGAAUGCAGACCGGAAGGCAAAGAAGAUUAGUCUCAUUGCUGCGCCAGCAAAAGUUGCGAGCAAGGUUGCUUCCAAGGGCAAAGUCGGUGGAGCUUCGCAGAGGCUUGAGAAAAAGGAUCCCAGAAAGGUGUCAGACAUCAACAAGAAGAAGAAGACCAAGGAUCACAAGAAAGAAAGCAGGAAGGACUCUAAGGAGCAAAGGGAGAAGAAGAAACGGCUUCAAGAGGAGCUGACAAAGACUAGUGUGCCCCAGCCAGCUACCCCUCCAACCAAAAGGUAUCGGAUGAAGUCGCCGGCAGCGAGCAGCGUUGCCAGUGGCAACUUGACUGAUGCUAGCUCUUCUCACUAUGGAGGGAAAAGGGAGAAGGCAGAGGCGCAUCUCAAGAGAGUUCAGGGCAUGCUUGAUGAUGUCAUGAAGGAAGCGGAGGAUGCAGCUGAAAUGGAUGCAGCUGGACUGUUGGAGUUCUAUGAAGAGCUGAAACAGGAACACGGAAAGGCUGCAGAAGAGAAGACACAGGGCACAGACCAGAAGAAGAAGGAGUUGAAGAAAGAUAAGGAGAAGAAGGAGAAGGAUAAGAAGGAUAAGAAGGAGAAGAAAGAUCAGGAGAAGGACCACAAUAAGGAGCAGAAGGAUGAGAAGGAGAAGCACAGUAAGGAGAAGAAAAGCAAAGAGAAGGAGGAGAAGGAGGAGGAGCAAAGGAAGAAGGAUGAGGAGCAAAGGAAGAAGGAUGAGGAGCAAGCGAAGAAGGAUGAGGAGCAAGCGAAGAAGGAUGAGAAGCAAGCGAAGAAGGAUGAGGAGCAAGCGAAGAAGGAUGAGGAGCAAGCCAAGAAGGAUGAGGUCAAGAAGGAUGAGAAUGAAGGAACGGAUAUGGAGGAGUCGGAAGAUGAAGAUGAGCAGGAGGACAUGGGUGAUGAUGAGGAGGAAGACGAAGAAGAGGAAGGUGACUCUGAAGAAGACGAUGAAGAUAAGAGCUCUGAAGAUGAGGAUGACGAAGAGGAUCAGGAGAUGGAGGAAGCCCCAAGUUCCCAGUCCAGUGAUGAUGAAGACAGUUUGUGGGAGGAUGUUCGAGGCAGCACUGAUGAGCAGAGUUCAGAAGAUGAUGAGACAGAAGACAAGGAGAAGCCAGAAGGCAAGGAGCGAGAAAGCAAGGAGCCAGAAAGCAAGGAGCUGCAGAAGGCAACUGAAGAGUCAGUGCGAAACAGUAAGAUGCACAAGAAAGAGUGGGACAAGAUGGAUCGCCAGAUCAAGUCUGGCCAAUUCCCAACAAGCCUUCAGCCAAUGUUGAGACGAAAGAAGACUGACCUUUUUGGGAUGUGGUUGGACUUUAACCUUGACUGGGACAAGGUGGUGUGUGAGGUGGAGCGCUUGUCCCAAACAAAGAAUCUAGCGAGAAAAGAGUGGGUUGCAGUCCAGGCCAAAGUUUUGAAGUCCCAAAUGGAUGAAGACAAAUUCAAUGACUUGAUUCGCAAGCGAACCGAAGCUGGUCUCUACUAUACCGAUGAUGACUGGCCAUCGGAUCCUAUGGAGACGUGGUACUAUAUGCCCCAGGGACGACUUCUUCGACAAGAUGAUGUGACGGCAGACACUUUGAAAGCCACCGCAACAAAAAAGCUUGACAAGGACAUGUUCUCUGCCCUCACUGGUGAGAAUGGCCCCCUUCCCACCGGAGCUUUGCCUUCGGUGAAGGCUGCAACAGAGCAGGGCCAGAAAGCAGUGUUGGCAGCCUUAGAUGAUGAGAGCAAAACUGUGCAGAAGGCAAAAAAGCAAACUCGCAAGGCCGAAGACAAAGAGCCAGAAAAGGUGACUCCGAAAACACCUCUUGAGGAAGCCAAAGAGCAGCUGGCAGCGAUCCUUGACGAGGCGACAAAGGCAAGGUCAAAGAGCAUCCAGCUUAAGGGGGUGGAGUUCGCUGAUCAACUUUCUGGUGAACUUGCCAAGCAUGGAAAAUCUAUGGAAGACAUGUACUCCCGGUUGAGCUCGGAAGUUCAUUCAACUUCCCCUGAUGAGUCCAAGAUCGUUGGGAUUUUGAAACAAGUGGGAAAUGCCCAGGCAUGGUACAAAAAGGCUGAGGUGGAGAAAGACGAGGAUCCUCAGACAGUCGAAGCAAGCGUCUUGUUACCCCACGAGGUCUUUGGUGCUUUGUACCGUAUGGGUGAACCCAAGGUACGAGAAGAGGUGAACAAAACACUUGCUGAUCUGGUGGCAUGGAGCCUCCACCAUGCAUCUUUAGGUGUAUACCCCAGGACAGGGUUCUAUGGUGAGCAGUUCGACAAGAAUUCUUUUCGGCACAGUCUUUCUGGUAAACCAAUUGCAAACGGUUUCAAGCUGGUUUACAUGGCCUUCAAAGCAGAUCUCAAAGCGAGAAUGCAAUGCCACCUGAGGCCAUCACCAUGGUGUGCUGUUGAGGGUUUCCAGUUCGAAACGAUAAGCUUUGACAUGAUGCACUUGGUUUAUUUGGGAAUAGCAAAGAAACAUGUUCCAUCGUGCCUUAAGCUUCUCAAGUUGUUUGGUUUCCACUACGAGCCUGGGGAGUCCGAUGCAAAGUUCCUCAAGAGAGUUAGCAUGGAGAUGAAACAGGACUGCAAAGAUGACCCCACGCUCCAGCUUCUUGCAGCUUGCAGCUACUCCUUGGCGAAGGCCCAAGAGGCUAUGGAUUCUGCUGGCUUGAUCUUGACCCCAGCCGAAGCAGCCGAGAUUUCGAACCUGCUGCAUGUUCACCUUCGCUCAACAGAGCUCCUAGCGUCCUACUGCUGGGAGCGGAACAUCAUGGCUUUCAAGAUGCGCCCCAAACAUCAUUAUGUUUGGCACGUCGCCAGGGAUGUUUUGGUUUCAAGGAUCAAUCCAAGAAUGUUUCAUGUUUGGUCCGAUGAAAAGUUUUUAGGAUGCCUCAAAAAAAUAGCUUGCAGGUGUCACGGAAGCACAGUCCAAAAAAGGGCAAUCGAGAGAUAUCUCAUUGCCUUGUCUUCACACUUGGCCAAAAUGGCUAGCUAG